CUCAAAGGACCCCAAAGGACCCAACGGGGCAUCACUCUGGGCGAAAUCAACGUCACCUCGGUGCUUCGAUAUCCCACCAGGCACUGCCGCAACAAUGAAACCGGACCUUGCGUCGCCGUGGAGUCACACGCCCCCAGGCACCAACAGCCACCACCAGCCAACAUCGUGGUGUGCCUGGCGCCAACUGUGUAGAGAGAGGUAGUGUACAGCCUCAAAUCCCAUGGCGCUUCAGCCGCCCGCCCGCCCGGACAGGGCAUAUAUAUAAGGCACUACGUAUCGCCCUUGGCAGUCUUUUGUUCUGGCUCAGCAUACAGACAAAGAGGAAGAUGAAUCACCCACACGCAUCCAGCAUGGACUCGGUCAACAAGCUCGAGUUCCACGUCCGCCAGCUCUCCACGCGCUCCGUCACCCUCUUCCCCACCAGAGCCCAGGUCGCCAGGGAGCUCGCAAACGUCCAGCUCAAGCCCGGCACUAAUGAAAUCACCGUCUUCGGCAUCACCCCCACCACCGACCGAGACUCGGUCCGCGUCGAGACGGCCACCACCAGCGGCCUCGCCAUCAGCGACGUCCUCGUCGAGUCGCUGCCGAACCGCGACAUUUGGGAGGACAUUUAUCCCAGCGACCCCGACUGCGACUCGGACUCGGACGACGAUGACGCCUGGGACAAGUCCUUCCGCUGGGAGAGGGCUCCCGAGCUCCAGGAGGCGUACCGCAAAGAGGAUCACCUCUGCGACAUGAUGGAGGCCGCCUCGGAAAAGAUCAAAAACGCUGAGGCCCGUCUCAAGUACCUCGACGCCUACGCCAAGACCUUGGACCGCAAGCGCAACGUGUCCGUCGCCGAAGAGCUCGAAGCGUACAAGCGAGAACGCGCCAAGCUGCAUGAGGACAUCGUGGACGGCAAGCGCGAGUCGCGCGACGCCGACCGCGCCAGAACCAGGCAAACGAGGAAGAUCGAGGACCUCAAGGACGAAUACAAAAUCGCCCAAGCGAAGGCGAGCAAGGCAUGGGACCGCCAACGCAAGCCCAAGACCAAGGCCCGGGAGCAGCGCGCGAGGCAGCGCAUGGAGCGGGCCAAGGAGCGGGCGCGCAUCUGCCGCGAGCAAGAGGACUUUUGGCCCAAGAUGUGCUACGCGGUGCGCAUCACCAUCGAGGCUGCCUCGGCCCUGACCCCGGGAUGCUCGCGCCGUGCGUCCGUGGCCACCACCAUCGACGUGGACGUGACCAAGCAAGACGACGGCGACGUCUCCUCCUCGUCGCCCUCGCCCCUCACCUGCGACCUGCUCCUGUCCUACGUGACGUCGUCGGCGCACUGGACACCCUCGUACGACCUCAAGCUGUCGACGACCAACAACACGGCUGCCCUCAGCUUCGAGGCGGAGCUGUACAACGCCACCUCGGAGACGUGGUCCAACUGCCGCGUCUCGCUGUCCACGUCGCAGGCCACCUAUUCCGGGCUCGACGACGCGGUGCCGGAGCUCGCGCCGUGGCGUCUGGGCCUCGCCGGGAACGACCGGUAUUUCGGCCGCAAUGACAACGCUCAUCAGCAGAUCUUGCGGAGCAACAAGGAGUGCGAGAGCGUCGCCAAGUGGAAGCAGCAGCGGCAGCGACAGGCGGACACGCAGCGACCCAGGGGGGACAUGUUUGGCAGGCCGCGCGACCCGCCAGAGGAUUCCCUUUUCGGCUGCGACCGGGGAGGCGUGAUGCCGGAGGCUUUCCCGACAUUCGGGGGGGAAGCGGAGGACAUCUACAAGAAGAAUCUCUUCGGGACACCGCCGAUGCGUGCACUGGCCCCGCAACCGGCAGGGGCGAUCCCUGCCGCAAAGUCGAUGGCAGCGCCCGGCGCGAGCCUGGACAUGAUGGCAACGCGGUCGGAUGUGUUGCAGCGGAACAUCAACCAGGUUCUGGAGCGCGGUGAGCAGAUGGGCGGCAGCCUCGGCAACGGCAUGGACAUCAGCAGAGCGGGCAAUGGCAUGGACGUCAGCAGAGCGGGCAACGGCAUGGACAGCAGCAGAGCGGGCGGCCUCUUCGGAACCGCUGGCGCCGGCGGCGAGUCGUCCGACGAAGACGACGACGACGACGGGUCCAACAGCCGCACGGGCAGCGUCGUCGAGGAGACGGGCAUGACGACGACGUUUGAUCUCCCCGGGCUCAAGACGCUCGCGCCCAAGCACUCGUCGACCAAGUCACACGUGGCGCGCACCACCUUCACGGGCGUCGCCUACAGCCACACCGUGGUGGCCAAGUACAAGCCCGUCGCGUUCUUGCAGGCGCGGCUGCGCAACACGUCGCGCAUGACGCUCUUCCGCGGGCGCGCCGGGCUGACGCUCGACGGCAGCUUCCUCGGCAAGGCGACGCUGUCGCGCUGCAGCCCCGGGGCCGACAUGACGCUGAGCCUGGGCAUCGACCCGGCCGUCAAGGUCGCGUACCCGAAGCCGGCGGUGUGCCGCGGCACGGGGGGUCUCUUUAGCAAGGAGAAUACGUGGGUGUACACGCGCAGUGUCCUGCUGCACAACACGCGCGGUGCUGGUGCCGGAGCUGCGUCCAGGGGUGGCCCCUCGCACUCGGCGGCGUCGGCAGUGUCCAUCACGGUGCGCGACCAGGUGCCCGUGUCGGAGGACGACAAGCUGCGCGUCGAGGUGCUCGCGCCGCAGGGCCUGACGCCGGGCGGCGGGGUCGUGGCGGCGGGGUCGGCGGGGCCCGAGACCCGGGACGGCUCCGGCUCCGGCUCCGGCUCCGGUGUCAGCGGGAGCGGCCGGGACUGGGGCCGGGCGGCGGCGAGCCUCAAACGCGACGGCGAGGUCAAGUGGGAGGUGAGCCUCAAGGCCGGGCGGGCGGUGCGGCUCGCCCUCGAGUUUGGCGUGGCGUUCCCGACGGGUACGUGGCCGUACAACGACGACCGCGAGCAGUGAGGUGAUAAGUGAGGUGUGUUGACGAGGUGGGGAGGAGGGGGGGGAACUAGGAGUAUGUCACUGCGCGUCCUGCAACGGCACUUGGCGCCGUGCUCGGUCAAUGAGGGGAUCAACUAGAUGACAACACCAAUGUGCGAGGGUACUUUGAUGGAGGAGGAUCCACGUCGAUUGCCAUAGUUUGUAGCGCCGUAUUCGUAGGUAGCCACGUUCAAUCCAUGACAGAUUGCAACACACCCUCGUGAGUCGUGAUUUCUAAACCAUCCAUCAUCAUCAUCAU